AAUCGUGCUUUAUGGCUCCUGGAAAUAAUACCUUUCGCAUAUAGCUCGAUAGGAAAAAGGUUCAUGCCGCUUAUUUGAUUGUGUAUUAUUCGGAAUUUUGUCCUGUGGAUGGGCAGCUACUAACAGGCGGUGGUGUAGAAUUUACAUGAUGUUCGGAAUUUUUGUACUGGUUUUCUGCGACCGAGUCGGCUUUUGUUUCUGUAAUAAACUGAUUAAGACUGACUGAGAUUCUGUUCUUAAUAAGGCUUUUGACGAUGACAGAGCCAUCAAAAGUUAUCCAUGUUAGAAAUGUGGGUCAUGAGAUUUCUGAGAAUGACUUGCUCCAGCUCUUCCAGCCAUUUGGAGUCAUCACCAAGCUUGUGAUGCUUCGAGCCAAAAAUCAGGCCCUCCUUCAAUUGCAAGAUGUCCCCUCAGCUGUAAAUGCAUUGCAAUUCUACUCCAACGUCCAACCAAGUAUAAGGGGAAGGAAUGUUUAUGUUCAAUUUUCAUCACACCAAGAACUGACAACCAUGGAUCAGACUACUCAAUCACGAGGCGAUGAGCCUAACCGAAUCCUCUUAGUUACAAUACAUCACAUGCUAUAUCCCAUUACUGUGGAAGUGCUGCAUCAAGUUUUUGCUCCCCAUGGAUAUGUUGAGAAGAUUGUCACAUUUCAGAAGUCGGCUGGCUUUCAAGCUCUGAUUCAAUUUCAAUUCCAUGAGAGUGCAAUUUCUGCACGAAACUCUCUUCAGGGGCGAAAUAUAUAUGAUGGCUGCUGUCAGCUUGACAUUCAAUUCUCCAACCUUGAUGAGUUGCAAGUGAAUUAUAACAACGAGCGAUCUAGGGACUUCACCAACCCUUCCUUACCUUCAGAACAGAAAGGCAAAUCUUCUCAAUCUGGGUACGGAGAUGCAGGGAUGUAUCCGCAUGCAGUUGGAUUUCCGCAGGUGAGCAAUGCUGCUGCUGUUUCUGCUGCCUUCGGAGGUGUUUUACCACCUGGUAUAAGUGGGACAAAUGAUAGGUGCACAGUUCUUGUAUCUAAUCUGAACCCUGAUAGAAUAGACGAGGAUAAGCUUUUUAAUUUAUUUUCAUUAUAUGGGAACAUUAUUAGGAUCAAAGUUCUGCGAAAUAAACCAGAUCAUGCAUUGGUUCAAAUGGGUGAUGGUUUUCAGGCUGAAUUGGCUGUUCACUUCUUGAAGGGUGCAAUGUUGUUUGGAAAACGAUUGGAGGUAAAUUUUUCGAAGCAUCCAAACAUUACAACUGGAGCCGAUACCCACGACUACUCCAACUCAAAUCUGAAUCGGUUCAAUAGAAAUGCUGCCAAAAACUACCGGUACUGUUGCUCGCCAACCAAAAUGAUCCACAUCUCCACACUUCCUCCGGAUGUGACCGAAGAGGAAAUAAUAGCCCAUCUUGAAGAGCACGGGGCUAUUGUCAAUACAAAAGUAUUUGAGAUGAAUGGAAAGAAACAGGCUCUUGUUCAUUUUGAAAACGAGGAGCAGGCUACAGAAGCCCUUGUAUGCAAGCACGCCACAUCGCUCGGAGGAUCAACCAUGCGGAUCUCUUUCUCGCAGUUGCAAACUAUAUGAUGAUGAUGAUGAUGAUGAUGACGACGACGAAGGUGUGUGUUUUAUUUUAUAAUCCUCUCUUCCCCUAUCUUUAGUUGUGGCUGGGCUGCUAUGUUUUUGUCUGAAAUUUGUUUUAUCAGAGAACUUGUUAUCGAAAGACCCUUUUGUUGUAGGGGAAAUUUGAACUCCAUAUUUGCAAGUCCUCUCUCAUCUGUAAACUGCUUGCUAUUAUCCUUCAUGCAUCUUAUGAAUUUUCUAAUCGAA